UGAUACAUUUCAGUUCAGUGCUUAUUUUUUGAGCCACCGAACCUGGAAUAAGAGAAAACUUGUGUCUGUUUCUGCAUUCGAAUUGGCCAAAACUUUGUUUGACAAUCUGAAAUAAUAAGAGAUGGGAUUUUUUUCCUGUUGACUAAAAAGUAGUAUAAUGGGAAAGCAAGGGUCCCCAAGAAGUCCACGUCCAGAGGUACAGAAGGAUGGUUUAUCGUCAGGAAUCAAAGACUAUAAGCUUAGAUCUUCAGAAACUGGGAACGAACCCCCUCUUGGAAGAAGAAUAUCAGGAGGAGAUUACUAUUGGAGUUCGAAACCAGACAAGUUUCAUGGAUCCAAGUAUGAUUUUGGCAAAUAUGGCAAGGGAAAUCAUGUAGGGAAAAGGCAUAUUUGGAUUAGAAAGCACCUCAAGACAAUGGCUUUAAUGUUUGUGUUUAUGGGCUUCCUUUUCUUGCUUGAUUCUCUUAUGAUAUCUAUUUUUGAUACCAUGAAUCUUCAGAGAAGUUCAACUCAAAGAAAAUCAAGUGGGCUUAAGGAAGAAAACAGGGUAGCCUAUGCAAGAAGACAAAGUUCACCAGUGCAUAUGUAUGAACGGCUUCUGAACAUGGCUUCAAGUGUUCUUGUGGAGAAAGAGUUUAAACAAGAGCCUUCAAAUCUCUGGGAAGAGCCAUAUCAGCAAGCAGCUGCAUGGAAACCUUGUGCAGAUAGAAAUGUUUCAAAAAGUCUUGGAGGGCCUGGAAAAAACAACGGCUACAUCUUAGUCAGCGCGAACGGUGGUCUCAACCAACAACGAGUGGCGAUUUGCAAUGCUGUUGCCGUGGCAUCACUUCUUAAUGCAACUCUUGUUAUUCCAAGGUUCCUUUACAGCAGUGUAUGGAAGGAUCCAAGCAAAUUUGGUGACAUAUACCAAGAAAAUCAUUUUAUAGAGACUAUGAAGGAUGAAGUAGACAUUGUGAAAGAACUCCCCCCUGAUUUGAAAUCAGUGCACUUUGAAGCAAUUGGCAGUCUUAUAACUGAUGAAGAUCUUGUGAAAGAGGCAAAGCCUGCUGAUUACAUCAAAACCAUUCUCCCUCUCCUUCUGCAGAAUCGAGUUGUUCACUUACUGGGAUUUGGCAAUCGCCUUGGAUUUGAUCCCAUGCCCUUUGAGCUUCAGAGACUGAGAUGCAAGUGUAAUUUCCACGCCCUGAAGUUUUCGCCGAAGAUACAAAAAGUUGGCUCACUACUAGUAAGAAGGAUACGAAAAUAUGAUGCUGCAAGAAGUUUGUUGGACAAACAAUUGCUUGGAAACUUCAUGUCAUCUGGCAAUGGUAAAAUAAGAGAAGAAAUCACAGCAAGUGGCCCAGCAAAAUACCUUGCCUUACAUUUAAGAUUUGAAGUUGACAUGGUUGCCUACUCCUUCUGCGACUUUGGCGGUGGAGAGAGCGAAAGAAGAGAACUCCAGGCCUAUAGGGAACUCCAUUUUCCUCUGGUUAUUGAGCGCUUGAAGAACUCAAAGCCUAUUUCACCAGUAGAAUUGCGAAAGCUAGGGAGGUGUCCAUUGACACCAGAAGAAGCAGCUCUUGUUCUAGCUGGUAUUGGCUUUAAGCGUGGAACUUAUAUUUAUCUGGCUGGAUCUCAGAUAUAUGGUGGUGAACCCAAGAUGAAUCCCUUCACUACCCUUUAUCCUAAUCUUGUCACAAAGGAAACUCUUCUCACUCCAAGUGAACUUGCACCUUUUCAAAAUUUCUCUUCUCAGAUGGCAGCAUUGGACUUUAUUGCAUGUUCAACAUCAGAUGUGUUCGCCAUGACCGAUUCGGGGAGCCAAUUGUCAUCCUUGGUGUCUGGUUUUCGGACCUAUUAUGGUGAUGGCCGUGCGCCUACUUUGAGGCCAAACAAGAAGAGAGUAGCAGCAAUUUUGUCAGAGAAUAACACAAUAGAGUGGAAGAGUUUUGAGGAAAGAGUGAAAAAGAUGAUUGAGGAAGGUCAAAGAGUGCGUGUGAGGGGUUCAGGUAGAAGCAUUUAUCGACAGCCAAGGUGUCUCGAGUGCAUGUGCAAAUCCAAUUAACAUUUUUUCUCUCUUUUCCUUUUUCCACCUAUGUAUAAUAUAAUGUAUGUAAAUUCCUCUAUGUCUAGUUCCAAUUUCUUCAACACAACUAAUAAGGGAAUCAUUUUUUAGACAGAA